CGAGGUGACGGUGGCGGGACUGGUCGUAGGAGUACGUAGAGCGAGUAGCAUCAAAAUUAUUUUCCAACAGGCACCACCGCCGGCGCGGUACCACCCCGAAAUUUCAGCCCUUUAAUUUCAGAUGGUAUGAUAAUUCGCGACGAUAUUUCACACGAGUCUGGAACCUGGCUCAACGUGGAUUUUAUUGCGGCUGUAAGGGGGUGGAAGGGAAGACCACGUACGGUACGAAAAUUUCUCGGAAUUACCAAAAAGGCCCUACGAAAAGGGACGUACGGUGAAGUUGUUAAUUAAUCUAGGCGUCUGGGCCGCGGUCGACCGAUCCUCGUCCUACGUCAAAUUGAAUGCGCCUUUUCGCAUCCAUGGGGGUGUUGUGGGCGCCGACCGUUGCUGACUGGGCGAGACAGGGUGAAGGAAGGGUCGGCGUGCCGAGAAGCACCCUGGUCUUUAUUCCCAACAGCGCAAAGCGGCGCAAUUUCGUUUUCGGGGGAGGACGAAGGUACGGCGAGAUUGGUGGCAAGGGAGGGGAAGGGGAAGAAGGCAGCAAUGGAGAAGGAUCAGGAACCGCGCAGUCGACGGAAAGGAGUGAGCGAGAGGAGUGGCAAUUUUUUAAAAUUAAGGCUGUUAAACCUAAUCUCCAGGUGUGCAGGCGCAAGCGCAUAGAAGUCGUAAAAAUUCUCGUGUGCUGUAUUCGUGCCCGCAACCCCUCUUCUCCCUCCGUCUCUCCUCUCUUCUCUUUCGUUCCUGCUUUUCCACGCACCCUUCCUACGCCUUUCGAGCGACGUCGUUCUCGUCGCGCCCUCAGCCUCCCUAGCCGGUGGUUAAAUUGCCGCACGAAACGUUCUUAAUGUCCAACCACGGCGACCUC